GCGGUCAACGCGUGAGUGUUACGUGAGGAUGUAGCGAGUCGCUACAUCUUUUUGUUUCCUUAUAAACCAAGAAAGACAGUUUGGCACCCGAAGAACACCAUUUAUUUCAGACACUCAUUUACUGGCAUGAGAUAUCUACAACCUUGUCUGAUCAAGGAAUACCGACAGUAAUGGUGAAUUUCGCAGAAUUCACGGAGAGGAUGGAGUUCUACCGAAGACAUCCUAAUCGUCCAUUUGUCGUGAUCAUUCUCCAUAGACCGGGAGAUCUGUAUUUUUUUUCACAAAUUACCAAGAGUUUACCCAUGAACUACGUUUUAUGGCUGAUACUCUUCAUCGGAGAUGCCGAUAAAGAUGCUUGCAAUUUUUGUCGUGAUCCGCAUGAAAAUUUGUUGAAUUUGAAGUUCAACUCAGAGGUGUUGAUCAUGUGUUGUAACUCGAAUAUCAUUGAAGACUGGUGGUCAGUUACGCGAAAUGGAACGAAUAAAGGUCAGCUGGGCAGAUGGAUCGAGGAAAGAAACGAAAUUGAGUGGUUCGCCCAUAAAUCUAUCCACAGGCGUAGAACUUCAUUGGAAGGCAGGGCAUUUCGGAUCAGUUUUGUUCAGGAUUCCAGUUACAUUUGGAUAAAAGACGGCCAUCUUCAGGGAUUUUUAGCUGACGUUCUUCGAGAACUUGCUAAAUCAAUGAAUUUCACCAUAUCAACUGCAACUGUAGAAGAUACGUAUGGCAUUCUUGAUCCAGGCACGUCCAUUUGGCGCGGUGUUGUAGGACAACUUCAGAGACAAGCCACUGAUAUAGGUGUCGAUGGCUUCAGUAGAACUAGCGCGCGACGUAGCGUAAUUGAUUUCACUGUUCCGAUCAUAACUGUCGAUUCCCGACUGUACAUAAAAAAACCUGAUGGUACUAAUGUUCAAUGGAACGCAUAUUUUCAGGCAUUCACAAGAACUCUCUGGGCAGUCAUUAUCGCUGUAAUCCUAAUAAUGCCUGUUUUUUUGACAUUGAUCAAAUACAACAGAAGAUUUAAUUUUUUCCCUUUGAUCGUUGAACAUUAUUUACAUGUCUGGGGCAUCUACUGUCAACAAGGCUUACCAGAAUUUCCCGAUGGAAUGCCCUUGAGAAUAUUAUAUGUUUCGAUAUUUAUAUCAGCAUUGGUUGUAUCAUCUGCAUAUUCUGCGUCGCUUACUAGUUUUCUCGCCGUCUCGCAGUUACCAUUCAAUACUAUGGAGCAAUUUAUAAAAGAUGGCACUUAUGGGUUGACAGCCGUAUAUGGCAGUGAGGACUAUAAUACGUUCAAGUUUUCCAAUGACACGGUCUUGCGCCAGAUGAUGUCAUUCAUGAAGCCUAAAGGAUCAUUGCCUAAAAGUUACUUCGAAGGGUUCAGCCAGGCAUGCAAAGAGCGAGUGGCAUUCUACACUCACUACGAAAUUACAAAAGGACGUGAGAUGUAUGUUAUGCCUUGUGAAAUGGUUUCCUUUAAAACUGGAUCGAAUCAGUUGUCGGGAAUCAUUUUGCCAUUGCAAAGCGAGUACAGGACCUUUAUCAACCACCACCUUCAGCGGUUCAAAACAAACGGGGUGAUACGGCGGAUAGCGCAAAAAUACAAUAGGAACGAUGAACCUCCUAAAACGGUGCAUACGCCGGUGCAUCUACGAGGAAUUGUACCAAUCUUGGGCAUACUAAUUUUUGGAUUCAUCAUUGCUUCGAUUAUCUUCUUGGUUGAACGGAGUUUCUACUCUUUUAGAAACAAGUUACGGCGUCGACAAAUGCGAAAAAUUUAAUGAAAAAAUUGCAGGCUUUAUCUUCG